UUCCUUUCCUACCCGUGCUCGCCACCGCUUUCAUUUUUCGCAGCCGGACUCAUCCAGCCCCGCCCGCAACCUAAACAACACAGCUCCAGAACCUUCGCUCCCCGCCCAGCCUAGGGUUUCGCGCGCCGGCCGGGGGCAUGGCGUACGUGGACCACACCUUCUCCAUCUCCGACGAGGACGACCUCAUCGGCGGCGCCGUCGGGGGCCCGCGCGGGGCGCCCGUCAAGGAGAUCGCCUUCGCCGCCGCGCUCCUCGCCUUCGGGGCGCUCGGCGCCGUCGGGGGCCUGUUCAUGGCCGCCAACCAGGUCGGAGGGGACCGCGCGCACGGAAUCUUCUUUAUGAUUCUAGGUAUUGUGAUGUUCAUCCCUGGGUUCUACUACACACGAAUCGCGUACUAUGCAUACAAAGGUUACAAGGGCUUUUCAUUUUCAAACAUCCCGCCCAUCUGAAGUAGUGUCACUGGCUUGGAGUUUAGAUCAAAACUCGUCCUGUGACCCUGCAGAUAGUGUAGUGUAUCCGCCCUUGUGUUACAUGUUGUGUCAAUUUCCUCUCAACCUUGUACUGGAAUGAACCGGUGGACGUGUACAGAUAAAUAUGGAAUGUUGUGUGAUCAUGUCAAAUUACUUCAGUAUGAUGCUUUUCCAUUUAACAACACUUAUGUCGAUUACAUGAAAUUUUCACAA